AUGAAGAACUGUUCAAAUGACUCGGACAUGCUCAAAGAACAUGGCUCUCACUUCGGAGACGGUGAAGUGGAUGGAUCAUCUGCAAAAGAGAUGAUUUGUUCAGCUUGUAGUAGAUCUGCCGAACAGCUUUCGGCAGAGGAUAUAAGGAUCCACUCCCUUAGCUCCAUUAGUUUUGUGCACAUUUACGCAAGCAUUAUUAGCUUUAUGUUUGUCGACAUGCCAGACCUGAUGCCUAUUGAGGAUCAAACAUUCUUCCUGCCCACCAAUAAGGAAUGCACUUAUGAAACUUCUUUUGUAGACAAUCGAGAAAUAAUGGUUUUCUACCUCUAG